CACCGUGUAGUUACUCACCUCAGUUUAAGGGAUGCGUCGAUCCCCUAUAUUCCCAAUCUUGUGGUCCAUGUAGCAGGAUGCGGAUUGAAUGCCUUGCCUGCUCGAUGACGAUUUCCAGUGAGGUCAGGAGAUCGGCCAGCGCCCGGGAGUGUUUGCGUGAGGCUAAAAGGAUGGCUGAGCCUGGGCGUGCAUGGAUCGCACACCUUCCAAAGUCUCGCCGGUUUCUUUCAGACCUGCAAUCGAUCCUUGAAGAUUCAACGGGUCAGAGCGCAGCUGACGAAGCAAACCCCACCCAGCCUACUGCUUCCGUGCCAAUGGCAACUCCAGUUCAUGCGCCUCAUAUGCCGGAGAGCCAAACGCCCACCAGUACUGGCUUGCCCGAUGGUUCGCUAUCUACUACAGCCUUUCCAACGAAUUAUAUUGGUGCCGCGUCAGCCGUUAAUGGACCCCCCUACGCGUUUCCCAUGGCGUCACCCGCGCAUGCAAGCAAUCUCGAUGAAGAAUUGCUGGAUCUCCGAACCCAAACCUUAUUCCCACCUUUCCAAGGUUCGGGAAAAGGAUCCGCUUCGAUUGACCCUACACUAUUCAACAUGAUGCUGCCCUUAUCUCAAUUCAGUCCUAAUCCCGAGAUGGCUUCCCAUUCCCAGAUCUUGAACCCUAUGUCGUUGGACACAUCCCAUCAUGCUGGGUCUUCCAGAUUUGCCCCCUCUGACAUCGUCAAUCCAGUACCGAUCGUUGGUGCGCUCGAAACUCCUGAUCGUGUACAGGAUAGGUGGAUGAAGACGAACUCAAAUGAAGAUGUUGCCUAUUGGCUUCAAGGCCUAGCUUGGAAGCUGGGAUAUCGCCUUGUCCCUCUCUGAGUUGACGCAGGCGGUGGUAGUUCCCCCGGACCGAGAAAUUUGCUUGGUGGUGCGUGAUUGCGUGUAUAGUCCUGGUGGUCUUCCGACUCGUGUU